AUGCACUAUAACGUCAAAAGAAAUAGCCCCAAAUAUGUGGGUUUUUACGACAUGCUUGUAAAGAAGGAAAAAUGCGGAAGAGGGAGAAGGUUGGAAAGGGGAAGGAGGGCAUUGAGGUUUCUCCCCGCCAAAAAGUGUCAUCUACUGACAAAGGACGUCUGUGUGGUGGGGUCACGUUUUGACUUGGGACGUCAGUGUGGUGGGGUCACAAGUGUGGUGUGGUCACGUUUUGACUUGGGACGUCUGUGUUGUAGAAGUGUGGUGUGGUCACGUUUUGACUUGGGACGUCUGUGUGGUGGCAGUGUGGUGUGGUCACGUUUUGACUUGGGACGUCU